AGUCGGUGGAAGGCUUGGGGUGGGUAGAGUAUUGAAAUGGGGAAAGGACGAAAGAGUAGGUGGAGUGAGUGUGGUGGGUGGGACAGCAUUAAAAAGAGGAAUUGGAGUAGAAGAGAUUUCUACAUUUCUUCACGCAUGUGAGGGUGAUGCGGUGACAGAGCUCACUAAUGAGAAAAUACCGUACUUUAAUGCUCCAAUCUAUCUGCAGAACAAGACCCAGAUAGGGAAAGUUGAUGAAAUCUUCGGUCCCAUAAAGGAGUCUUUUUUUUCGAUCAAAAUGUUAGAAGGGAUUGUAGCAACUUCUUAUGUGCCUGGUGUUAAGUUCUACAUUGACCCAAACAAGCUUUUGCCUCUCGCAAGAUUUCUUCCACAACCAAAAGGCCAGUCACAACCUGCUGCA